CUCCGUACGGCACCCUAGCUGAAGACGAAACAUGCCAGCCAAAGGUCCUUUGCAGUCGGUCCAGGUCUUCGGACGUAAAAAAACCGCCACAGCAGUUGCUCACUGCAAGAGGGGCAAUGGCCUGAUCAAGGUGAACGGCAGACCCCUGGACAUGAUCGAGCCUGCCACCCUCCAGUACAAGCUCCUGGAGCCAGUGCUGUUGCUGGGCAAGGAGCGUUUUGCUGGAGUUGACAUCAGAGUCAGAGUGAAGGGUGGUGGACGUGUGGCACAGAUCUAUGGUAAAGCAGGGGUUAUUAUUUUUCUCAAUGAUUUGCUUGUCCCUUCAUAUUUAUCCAUCUUCAAAAAGUGUGACGAUUUUCUGACAUUUAAUGUUGUUGUCUUCCAGCUAUCCGUCAGGCCAUCUCCAAAUCCCUGGUUGCCUACUACCAGAAGUAUGUGGACGAGGCGUCCAAGAAGGAGAUCAAAGACAUCCUGAUCCAGUACGACAGGACCCUGCUGGUUGCCGAUCCUCGUCGCUGCGAGUCCAAGAAGUUCGGUGGACCCGGAGCUCGUGCCCGCUACCAGAAGUCCUACCGUUAAUCCCCCUGUACAUUUUCUUAAUAAAUUGGAGGAACAAAACAAA